AUGAAAUAUUUCUCUUUUGCUUUAUUGAUUUUGGCAGUAAACUGCGCGAAUCGGACGUACAGUGACGAUGACGCGCGCAAGAUUUUCUACCCAUUGGCCGCUUCAGCUUAUGGAAAUCCAAAGGAUUGUGUCAGUAAAUGGCUAGGAGGACAGGUGAUCCGUCAAAUCACCAUCCCGUGCGAUGUGUUCAGCGACGAUACCUGCAGUGGAUACACGGCAAUUGCGCCCGACAAGCGGCUUAUCGCCGUCGUUUUUCGAGGCACCACCACCGACGAGCAACUCAUCGCCGAAAUCGAUGAGACUUUGCACAAAAAGGUUCAACUUGGAAAGGGAAACGUCGAUCAAUACUUUUAUGAGGGUUUUCAGAAAAUUUGGAAUGCAGGUAUGAAAGACGAUUUCUUGUCCCAGCGCUCACGAUAUCCCAACUACAAUAUUGUGGUGACGGGUCAUUCUCUUGGUGGCGCAAUGGCCACAAUUGCCGCCAAUUUCCUCAAGAUCAACUAUGAUCUCGAUUUGCAACUUAUGACUUUCGGUGAGCCUCGUGUCGGCGAUCAAGCUUUCGCUGACGAUCAUGAUGCAAGGUUCGGUUCCUCGACUUUCCGUGUCACUCACCACAAUGAUAUUGGCCCGCACAUUCCACCGCAAUUCGUCAAUUUUCAACAUCACACCACGGAGAUCUGGUACAACAAUGACAUGACGACUGCUGAUUAUUCCACUUGUCAAGGACAAGAAGAUCCUCUUUGCUCUGAUCAAGUGCCUCUAUCGAAGUACAACAUCACCGAGCAUCGCCUCUAUUUUGGAGUAAAUUUGGACGACUGGGUCAGCAGCGGAUGCCAGAAAGCACUC